AUGACUCAUUACGUGCCUUUAAUUCCUGAAGAGAAAGCAACUUGUAAUGAUGUCCGACCGCUCCUUCGCGAAGUGUUUCGUGGUCUUCAUCCUCAGCCAGUACUUGCUGAACAGCUCCAAUGUGAACAAAACCUUAACGAUAAUAAAGUAGUCAAUGUUCAAGUUGACCAGUGGAUCCAACAACAUGAACUGGAAAGUGAAGAAAUGAAAAAUCGUGAGGAGCAACUUCAGCGUGAAUAUGCCAAGCGACUGGCUCUAGAAUCACCAACUGAUGAGCUUCCUUCGGAGGUUGCUAGUUGCGAUUCCGAGUGGAAAGAGCGACUUGGCAUUAUACGCAAACGGCUGCGUUUAGUGAACAUUUCCAAAUGUGAAGUCCGCCUCGCAUUUCAACCUCCAUCACGUUCCGAACUGCAACUAGAGCUGCUAGGGAACCGCGGGAUGACAGUCACGUCGGGAUCAACUUUGAAGUUGCGCGUGCAUUUUAAGCCGAGGGAUGUUCGUGCUAUCAACGAUGAAUUAUUAGUGCGGGUGUCGUUGGGCAGCGCAGUGUCCGUGCCCAUAACGUGUUACAUGCAACCACCUAUGCUUGAUGUGAUAGUCCCAAGUGCCCAUACGUUGUUUUCUGCGUGGGGUCCGGCUGCUGUGGUGCACAGUGCAGACGCGCUGGACCUUGGCGCUCGGCUGCUGGGCGACGUGCACCGGGUGCCGCUGCAAAUGCACUGCAACGUCGAUCACGCUUGCUUCUAUGUUAUGUCCGAGGAGGCGUGGUGUUCUUUUACUGUCGAUGAAGUGGCAAUUAGAACAGGCGUUGUAGUUGUGGGGGCGUUUAGCAUCAGACCCGCGCUAUGGUGCGGUACGAGGGAUGGGUUAGCGGUGUGCCGGGCGCCCUCCGCUGGCCUCCGCACCGCCGCGCUGCGCAUACUCAGCUCCACAGCCAUUUUACGACCUCUAAACCUUGUGGCAGAUGCCAUAACGUUUAGCAGUGAACAUGUCUCCCUACAGAACCAGCAACGAUCUAUAGAUACAGAUACAGAAGCCACAAAUGCAAUACGCGUGGAACCGUUACGUGGUGAUGUAGCACCUCGUAGCUCGAUUGCCGUGCACGUGUGUGUGCCUCAAGCUGGUGCACGGUGUGGGACGCGGCGCGCAGUGCUUAUGUUAAUAUUAACUAACGUUCCCCGGGAAAGUCUGUCCCCAGAAUAUGAAGACAUGAUCAUCAGCACCGAGACAAUAGAAGAAGAUGAACUACCAGGGCUGUCGAGGACUGGAGUCGGAAAACGGCGAGUGGCGAGCAUCGUGCAUGGUCACGUGCGUAUCGGGUUGGAACCGCAUCGCGAUGCGGCCGCGGCUGAGCUGGUGCGGCGCGCUGUCGCCAGGCGACGUGUUCUAUGCACAGCUGCAGCUCUAUAA